AUGCGUUCGCCUUUUCCUCUGCCUUUUUCUCCCCCUGGCCCUUUCUCCCUCUACCGGCUCAUCCCUCUUCGCGUGCGCGGCAGACCAAGCCUCAUCGACGCUUUCUUCGAAAACGGGUGGUUUGACUGGCUCGUGCAACCUAAAUGCUUCCGUCACGGCCACUACCCAAACCACCUCGUUUGUCGUCCGCGUUAUGGGCGCCAAAGGCGCGACCGCCGCAUCUUUCUCCCCUCCCAGUUACUACAAAAACAGCACUGGGUCCCUUGUGGCCCACUACAUUCCCCUCCCGCGCUUCCUAGUCGACGUCACACCCUGCCACCCACGCUUUCCCUCGUCGCCGUCGCCGUCCCCUACGCUUCCCCCCACCGUCGCCCUCGCUUCCUCCCGCUGUCGCUCACACUUUACUCCGUCGUUGACCACGCUCCCCCUCCCGUCGCUUUCGCUUCCUCCCACCGUCGCCCUCGCUUCCUCCCACCGUCGCCCUUGCUUCCUCCCACCGUCGCCUUCGCUUCCUCCAACCGUCGCUUUCGCUUCCUCCCACCGUCGCCCUCGCUUCCUCCCACCGUCGCCCUCGCUUCCUCCCACCGUCGCCCUCGCUUCCUCCCACCGUCGCCCUCGCUUCCUCCCACCGUCGCCCUCGCUUCCUCCCACCGUCGCCCUCGCUUCCUCCCACCGUCGCCCUCGCUUCCUCCCACCGUCGCCCUCGCUUCCUCCCACCCUCCCCUACACUCCGCCGUCGUCAUCACUUCCCUGCCUAUCACGUUCACCCUCUUCGUCACACGUCGCCUCUCUCUCUCCCCCUAUUCUACCUUCACCACUCCUACCGUCAUCCAUGGUUACCACCCCACACUUGAACCCUUCUCAUUCUCUCACAUUCUCCCUUCUCCCUUGCUUCUCGCCCACACUAAACGCAGAGAUGUAUGGCGCCUGGGCGCUGGCCGGGGAAGCUCGUGCAGGCGGGCAGUGAGGAGCGCUGUGCACAAGGGGGCGAGGGGGUGGGGCAAGGGAGCGGGGGAGGCGUGGCAGGGGAGUGAGGGAGGGGGGAGUGGGGGAGGCGGGGCAGGGGAGUUGGGGAGGGGGGCAGGGGAGUGGGGGAGGGGAGGCUGGAAGCCGUCCCGUCUUCCUCCUCUUCCUCUUAUUUGCCUUCUCCUGUCCGUCCUUCCACUCUCCAUGCCUCCCUCCUCUCUUUCUCUCUCUUUCCCUCCUUCACUUCUCCUGUCCGCCCGUGCUCCCAGCCUCCCUCCUCCGUACCACUCUCCCACCCACUCUUUCUUUCAUCCUCCUGCCUCUCUUCCACCCUGCCACUCUUCUUUUCAGACUGCCACCUUCCGAGCUUCUUUUAGUCCACCUUUCCGUCUCACCCACUUGUCCUCUCCCAACUUGAUCCUCACAUCCUCCCAUCCCCCCUUCUCCCCUUCCACCCUCCAACCCUUGCGCUCAUCCUCCCUUCGUCUCACCCUCCUUUUUUCUCAUCCUCCCAUCCUCCCUCUCUUCCCUCCCCCCUCCCUUCCUCCUGUCCUCCCUUCCUCCCUUCCUUUCUUCCUCUCUUCCACCCUCUGUCCUACUCUCUGCUUCAGUGUCUUUCUCCCCUCUCUUUCCCCUUUCCUCCCUCCCUUCAUCUCAUCCUCUCUUCCGCCCUUCCUCCUUGUCUCCCUUGCUCAUUUCUCCCUCCUCAUAUUCCCUGUUCCCUGCGUCCCUCGCUGCCAUCCUCCCUUCCUCUCAGCCUCCUCACUUCCUCUCGUCAACCAUUCCUCCGCACCCUUCUACCCUGCCACGCCUAUACACUCCUACCUUGUUCUAGGGGCUUGUUUCUUCACGUCCCCAGCACCGCCAGCACUCGCAGAUGCGGGCACAUGGGGUCCCUUGCGCGCCAAGUCAGAGGAGGCACCUUGCGCAGAGGGGCGUCGCGAGGAGCAGCGCUGUGACGCUGGUGCCAGGGAGGCUGCCAGACCCACCGGGCUGCGCAGGGCGGACGCACCAGCAGCACCAGCAGCAGCACUGCCUCCGGCACCUGUGCCUGCAGCUGGAGAAACGGGAGCAGCGGCGGCAGCAGGAGCAGCAGGCGCAGCAGUGAGAGUGAGUGCAGGAGGCGGGGGCGAGGCGCCAAUGGUGAAGGCAGGAGAGGGCGGGGAGAAGGUGGAUUGA